ACGCAGCAAGCAAGGGGGCCAAAGACUGCAUCGACGACUCGCCUCCUCCUCCUCCUUCCUGGCCUCUUUCCUCCUUGUCUUCUUCUUUGCCUCUCCCAUUGCCAGUUUGCCACUCGAGCUCCUUUGAGUCUUCGACCAUUUCACUGAUCCCAAGUAGUAGCCAUAAUUGGACUCGAACAUCUGAGAAGCUGCGGCGAGAUUGCAUCAAGCAGUAGGAUUCUUGUUGCUAGUAGCUUGGCUGGCAGUGGUGGCAUGGGGGCGAGGAGGUGGCUGGAUGCUGCUGUCACCUCUGGGCUGCUGCAAGCGCUCCUCUUCCACUUGGCAACGUCGCAGUCGUUCAUCGGAGUGAACUAUGGGACGAUAGCCGACAACCUCCCGCCGCCGGCGUCGACGGCCAACCUGCUGAAGUCGACGUCCAUCGGCAAGGUCCGCCUCUACGAGCCCCAGCCGGACCUCGUCGCCGCGCUCGCGGGCUCCAACAUCUCCAUCCUCCUCGGCGUCCCGAACGGCGACGUCCCCAACCUCGCGUCCUCCCCGGCGGCAGCGUCGGCCUGGGCUGCCGCGAACAUCCCGACCACGGUGCCCGUCUCCGCCAUCUCCGUCGGCAACGAGCUGCUCAACUCCGGCGAUCCCACCCUCGCGCCGCAGCUCCUCCCCGCCAUGCAGAACCUCCUCGCCGCGCUCCCCGCCGGCUCAACCACCAAGAUCUCGACCGUGCAUUCCAUGGCGGUGCUCUCGUCGUCGGACCCGCCGUCGUCGGGCGCGUUCCACGCCGACCUCGCCGGGAGCCUGGACCCGGUGCUGGACUUCCUGAAGCAGAACGGCGCGCCGUUCAUGAUCAACCCGUACCCGUACUUCGCCUACGCCUCCGACACGCGGCCGGAGACGCUGGCGUUCUGCCUGUUCCAGCCGAACCCGGGGCGCGUCGACGCCGGGUCAGGGCUCACCUACACCAACAUGUUCGACGCGCAGCUGGACGCCAUCCGCGCGGCGCUGGACGCCAAGGGGUACAGCGGCGUGGACAUCGUCAUCGCCGAGACCGGGUGGCCGUACAAGGGCGACGCCGACGAGGGCGGCGCCACGGUGGACAACGCCAGGGCGUACAACGGCAACCUCGUCGCGCACCUCAAGUCGCAGGUCGGCACGCCGCGGACGCCAGGCAAAUCGGUGGACACGUACCUCUUCGCGCUCUACGACGAGGACCUCAAGGGUGGGCCGGAGUCCGAGCGGUCGUUCGGCCUCUACCGGACUGACCUCACGGCGAACUACGACAUCGGGCUCGCCGCCGCUCCCGGCACGGCGGCUCCGGCCACCGUUACUCCAGUUACGGUGCAGAACACGCCGCAGCCGAGCAGAGGGAUGACGCCGACGGGGUACUGUGUGACGGCGGCCGGCGUGCCGGGGACGACGCAGGGGCAGCAGGUGCCGCAGACCAGCUCGUGCUACAUCCCCGCAGGCGCGGUUUCGCGGCGAGCUGACGCCGCCGUGCGUCGGCUUGUUUGGCUUGGAGUGUUGCUUUGCCUGGUGACUUUAGUCCGCAAGUAGAUGGCUGCGUAGGUACACUCCCUCCGUCCAAAAAAAAAGACAAACCCGGGUUGCCGUGUCUAACGUUUGACCGUCCGUCUUAUUUGAAAAAAUUAUGAAAAAAAUUAAAAAGACAAGUCACGCAUAAAAUAUUAAUCAUGUUUUAUCAUCUAACAACAAUGAAAAUACGAAUUAUAAAAAAAUUUCAUAUGAGACGGACAGUCAAAGUUGGACACGAAAAUUCAGGGUUUGCCUUUUUUUCUGAGACGAAGGGAGUAUACGUACUAGGUACCCGUCACCUGCUAAGAGGAAAAGACACGUACUCCACAUACUUUUGUGACCAACUUGGUAUCAUUGUGCAUAUGAAUAGUGACAUGUCACUAGAUAAUAUUUCUACGAA